CGGUGCAGUCGAGGUUUUGACGCGGAAGCAGACGCUCGCACGGUGCCGCGCUCUAGCCCUUGUCGCCGAUCUCGAGUCCCACAGCAUACAGCCGUCCCGACGCGUCUAUAUCCGGUGUUUUCGUUCUCGGUGGAUUUUUGAUUCAGUUUUCUGUGGUGUUGGGUGAACCUGAGGUCGGUGAGGGUUGGAAGAGUAUCUGUCCAUCGACUGAGCAGGAUAAUGGACAAUGGGAUCGACUAGGCGUAGAUUAGAGCGUGAUGGAUGAAAAGCGCGAAGGACGUGUCGAGUUGGAAAACAGAUAGGAGAUAGCUGAAGCUUCGAGAUUACACAUUAAAGCAAUAUCACUCUGGGAGCGUUCGUCCAACGACUAAAUUCGUAUGAAUAAAGGAUGCGCAACAAGGAUAUCUCGUGGUAAUAGCCAGCUAAUUGAGCCAUCCCUUGGGAUCGAACCCUGGAUGUACUAGAAGUUCGCCGAGAAAGGGCCGAUUUAUCAAGGAACAUUAUGCCUGUGAUUGCAGCGAGGAUGUUCAUCUGAUAGUGGUUAGGAGAGGAAGCGAGGGAACAUGACAGGCCUCUCGACUGACACAGCUUCUCUGAUGGCAACAAUAGUCCUUCUCAACGUAUUUUUCAUCCUGGCAGACGUCUCGGCUCCUUCUCCCAAUUCCAACGCAAAAUGUAAAAAAUCUGAGUUUACGUGUAACAAUGGGAGAUGCGUCCCUUCUAACUCUUUUUGCAAUAACGUGAACGAUUGUGGAGAUUCUAGCGAUGAACCGAGAUAUUGUACAAGAUGUAACAGAACGUACUCAGGCGUAGUGGGCAUUACUUACGAGUUAGAACUUCACAGGCCGAAAGCUGACAAGAUUCCUUUCAUUUGUCACCUAACCUUCACUGCUGCAGGAGACGAUUAUGGAGAUUUAGUUCAGUUAACAUUCGAUAGCUUCACCCUUGGUCGUUUCGAGUCUUUCACGUCAGACGGUUGUCCAGAUGGUGCUCUGCAAAUAGCGGAGGUCGACAGACCUCAGGUAGGUGGCUCUUGGUGUGGAACCACGUGGACCCCAGCUAUUUAUUACAGCGAAACCAACAGCGUCAUCGUCUCUGUUCAUCUCCUGAGGUUAGCGAAGGACCAAGCUGGAUACAAUUUCGAUUUCAGGAUGGAAUACAAGUUUUUGAGGAGAAACGUGGCGAUCGUAAGGUAUGGAGGAGGUCUUCCACAUCAAUAUUUUUCUUCCAACGCAACAAUAUCCACCCCCUCGUUCGGCCCUGAACCCGAGUACUACCUGGGCGACCUGAUCACUGGGACGUACUGCUCCAGAAUAUUCAGCGACUGUGAUAAAAAACACUGCCGUUUACAAUCUCCCAAUUUUCCAGGGGUCUAUCCCCGUAAUCUGACAUGCUAUUACGCAGUUAGACAACAUGAAGUUCCUGCGGGAAAACACGCUCUUAUUACGGUGAGGCAGCCAAAGGGUCAACUCAUUUACAUCAGGAGUCAGGCAGCAUUGUAUGGGACGGCUAGCACGAGGGAAUUGAAGGUUUGGGAUGAUUGCAACGACGUCCAAGACUACGUAACGGUCUACGACGGCUACACGACCAGAGAUCCUGUGAUCCUUAAAUUCUGCGGUGGCGGAGAGGCUGUGCCAGAAGCCAUAUCUAGCGGACAUGAACUCUUGGUCGAGUUCUCCACAAGUCCCUAUGGAACAUUUUCACAUCCCAUACCUUCACAAUCACUAUAUGGGUUUCAGCUGGAAGUUGAGGUGAAAUUCAUCGAUCAGCGAACACCCAGUUUCGUGAAAACGAAACGUCAGUGCGAAUUCUGGAUCAGGGGAACGAACAAGGGUGUCUUGGAAAGCCCGAUGCAUUCGCUUCCUGCCAACACAACCUGCCUUUAUCACCUUCAGGGUAUAGACACCUCCGUCUCGGCCUCCCCUGUUCCUUUCCGACCCCUGUCGAGCCGAUAUCCAGACUGGAGACACGUAGGGAUGAUUCUGCCCCCGCCCAGAUACCGGGUCUGGCUUUCCAUCGUCAAAUUUCACGUGGCGGGGAUGAAGAAAUCCGAUAAGCCCGACCAGGAGGUCUGCAGGAGCUAUCUGAACGUGUGGGACGGACAGCUCUGGGCACCGACCAACUGCGAUGAUUUGUAUUGUACAAGUAUCAAGGGAAAAUCCAAGGGUCUAAUCCGCACCAAUUCCCUGCCUUCAUCGUCAGGAAUAUCCGGAAAAAGAAAUGUAUCACUUUUGGCACGCUACUGCAGAGAACACGUCCCGAAAAGUUGCGAUCAUGUUCUUCUAGCGAAUGCAACUAGAUUUCCUAGACCGUGCAACUUAGCAGAAAGUUUCCUGACAUCUGGUGACAGUUUAACCCUGGAACUGAAGUUGGCUGACUCCACCGCUUUGAGGCCGGUUCGCUUCCGCGCCCUCUACGAAUUCGUUGAUUUACACCUGGACGGGGAGCCUUGGGGAUCAGGACCCUGCUCGAGAAGAUUCACGAUGUCCUCGACUCAGGAUAACGUUCCUCAGAAGUUCGUAUCGCCGAAGGACAUAUUUCUUUAUGGACGAGGUGGAGCCAAGAGCUUAAGUUGCGUGUAUCGCUUCGAGGCGCAGAAAGACGAGAAGGUCAAAUUAACCUUAACCGACGUAGUCUUCAAGAACCGAAACUGCGUGACCAAAGUGAGCAGGGACACUGGGCGUCUGAUGUGUGAAGGAAAUGCCACUGCAGCCGUCAGGAUUUUCGAGAUUGCCUGGCUGGAUGUCCCGGGGGUCCCUAGGGACUGUCUGUGCUCCGUUGACAAGGACAAAUUCAUGCCUUUCACUUACGUUUCGACGACGAACGUCAUCGAGUUGAGAUUUGACGUGACAGGGAUGAAUGCCACCGACGAUUUCACCACACUCUUCUUCGAGGGCACUUGGAAAUUCAUAAGGACCCCGACCUGCAGCAGGGAUUUCAGGAUGAAGGGAGCCAAUGGGGAAGUGUCUUUCAACUAUCCGAGCAACACUCCGGAUCAGCUCAACUGCGAGAACAAUCCAAGGGUGAUCGUACCUUCACCUGGCAAAUACCUCUACGUCAAAAUCAACGGCGUCAUCCUACGUCAUUCAAGUCGACUGGGAAAUGGUACUUCCAGAGUUGUCACCCCAAUAGCUUGCGGGACGUCCAAUCGAAUAAUAGUCCACACGGCCCUGUACUCCGCGUUAGUAUGUCCCUACGAACACAACAGUCGUCACAGCCUUGUGGAAGUUUUUUCCGAAGGAUGGACGAUUGGUGGUUCUCCCCGCCAUUCUGUUGGACAGAUGACCUUGGACAAGGUGGAGAUCGACAGUUUGGGGAAAGAGCUGUCCAGAUCCGUCGUUGUUGAGUUUUUGGGGAAAGAGGAUGGUUCAUAUUCUGUUUUAUGGUUGGAGUUAGGGAGAAGACGAGAGAUUCCCCCUAACGGCCAAGGUUUGUACCUGUUAAAACCAGACGAGUGUCAAUACCGAUGCCCCGAACUGGACGCCUGCAUCAACGCCUCCGUCUGGUGCGACGGCCAAGAAGACUGCCCAUCCGGUGUCGACGAGGCCAUCACCCACUGCUCCGUGAUCCUACAGCUUCCAGCCGUCUACCUCUUCUUCGGCACCCUGGCCAUACUGGCCAUCGGAUUCGGUGUCUUCGUCCUGUUGUACAGGACCUUCAGACGGAGACCGCGUUCCAUCCUGCAGACCCGUCUGAAGAGCCUUUCGUCCUCGGACACUGCCAUAAUCGAUGACAAGGGAGUGAUUUGCUGACAAAGCGACAAUUCUGUGCGCUACGUGGAGGUGGACAGGGUCACCACGGUCUGACGAAGACCUGAAGCCUCCACGAAACGUGCAGAAUUGUCGAAUGUGAUUCAUUAUUUCGAUAGGAAUUUUUUAUUCUCAAUCUAGUCAAGGACCAAUCGACGUACACUGAACUCGUCAUCUUGAAAUGGAAAUUUACCUUGAUUCGGGUUUCUUCUAUGAAGAUAUGAGAUCGAUCGAGAAGGAAUUACUCAAAAAGUUCACAUAAGCGAAAUGAUUUAUGUAAUUUUAAUCGAAUAGUUAGGGAUAAGUCUAUCUCCCACAUUUCAGGAGGCUUUAAAAAGAUAUAUAACAGUUAUUUGAGCAACAAGUGAAUUUAGAAAGAAAAGAAAGUUAAAUUCUUCCAAUGGAUAAAUAUCUGUAAGUCAUAAGUCAUCGCUACGAUUGAUUGUUGCAGAUACUAUUGUGUCAAAAGGAAUCUGUAGCGUUUUAUAGUUAGAGAAAUUAUGAGAACGCCCUUGGUGUCAACCAAAACAAACCACUUGUAUAAAGAAAUCAUCAGUUUUUCCUUAUCUUAUUAUCUGGAUACUUUAUUUUCCACUUGGACACCCCGUAUCUUGACAAAACCGUAAAUUGUAAGAUUGGGAAACUCUCAUCCUGGUAGAAAUCCCUUCAUCUGAAACAACUUGUUGGAAGUUAUAUCAGACCCAACGUGCAGAGCUAUAGCAAAAUAUUCAAAGUCUCACGGAAAUCUUCAACCCAAACUAUAGGUGAAAAAUUUAAUAAGCAUCACUUCUUUCAAAGCACAAAAGCCAGGCACUAGACGACCAGUUGGUAGGCUCCCAAAACGUUGGUACGAUAGCUAGACGUCAACUUCGCAGAAUUGACAGGACUCCGUCCUAUUACAAGAGGCAGAAGAAGUACUUUCAAGUGAAGCAUAAAACAACCAAACAUCCUGUUUUUGGUUGAAUCGAUCAACUGCAAUUCUAUUAAAUUGGGAUAAUGAAACACCGGAUUUCUUAACUAAUAUAUUGAAUUUGGCUGUACAAGUUAUGUGUUUGCAAGGUAACAGCUACAAGCGUACUGGUCAUGAUACCCCGAUUUCCUGGGGAUGUUAAGUAUCGCUUUGGAUUUUGCAUACCAAAGCGCAAUCCAGGUCCCUGAUUGGUCCACGUCUUUGUUCCUUUGUUCCUUGCCCUAAGAUGUGACUUCACGAUGACCAUAUGUAGCGCCAACCUGACGCCGAGGAUGUGCCAGUUCUAUUUUUAGCCCUCGCUAAACCCCCUGCAGGGGUUGGUUUUUCGACCUAAAUGCGUCUUUCUGAAUAUUCAACUGUCCGUAAAGUUUGUGUGUCAUCGUAGGUCUAAAGCUGUUCCAGAGUUCUAAUGAACUCCAGUAUCUGGAGUGACUCAAAAGAGGUUACUUCCUCAUUUCCACAAGUGUCUUGUCCAAAGCAUUUUUUGUUUUGGCUAACGAUGGCGAAGCAUUUCUUCACCAGAUGAACUGGAGAUUCUUUCUCUUCUCCACAGAAUCUACACCGUUUUCUGCUGGUCUCAUUAUCAUGGGGUGCUUCCUGGGGUGGCAAUGUCCUGUAAGGAAUCCAGUGUAGCAUAUUCUUGCUAAGAUCCAGAUACUCCUUAGAUCUCGCAAUACAAAGUUUCAAAGAAACUUCUUGCAAUGCUCCGACCCAGGAAGAUUCCACCAGUUUUUCUCUUCUCCUGAAACUCUUUCUAGAAGGUACAUUUACCUAUACCACAUAAAGGUUCAAGAUUUAUAUCCCUACAGCAUAAAACCUAAAGAAAAAUAUAUGAAGGGAAAAUAAAAACGAAGAAAAAACAUUGAUUGCCCACUCAGUAAUUGAUUACUAAUAAUGGAAAUCAUUUAUAAAUUCCAGAUUAAGUCAGCAGUUGAGGGUUGUAAAAUAUACUUCACUAAAAUAUUAAAUGACCUGUUGGACAUAAUGAUCAUUAAAAAAUUAAUCUCUACAGAAAUUAUAAAAUAACUAGGAAUAUUCACGUUCGCAUUAUACAUAUUAUGAAAAUUAAUGAUCCAAAUACUGACCCCUGAGGAGCGCAGUCAGAGCAUCACAAGAAAAUUAGUCUCAGAACAAAAAUAUGUUUUGAUCUAAUGCUUGUUUUACUGAGACGAAUUGAUAAAUUCGAAAAUCUUGAAAGAUUUUAUCAAAUGAAAUUAUAUCAUAUUUUCGCAGAAUUGGAAGCUCUCCUUUUUGACUGAUAAGAGACAUCUCUCCAUCUUACAUGAAAUUGGAAA